AUGGAGACCCUACUCCCUGUGUCCCGGCCAGCCGUCCAGGCCGCCCCCCGGACAUCUCCGUGCUCCCCUACACCCCGGAAACCACGCCGGGGUACUCAAGAGUUCUCUCCUCUUUGCCUGCGCGCCCUUGCGUUCUGCGCCCUCGCCAAGCUGCGGGCCCCCCAACUGGGCCUCGUCCACGGGCUGGAGGGAGUGGCCGGGGACAGUUGUUUGGGGGAGCUGGGGCCGCGGACGUCAGUUCUCAUGGGCCCUCUUUGCGGGGGCAGCCGAGCCCGGAACAACCUAAAGUGGCAACCGGCUAAGCCCGGCACGUCAGCUGGCUAUUCUAGCGAUUCAGAUUCGACCAGAGCCGGAGACUUCUCAGACGGCGAGGAUUUGAGCUCCCGGGUGCCAAGCUGCAGCAGCGAAGAGGAGGAAGAUCGUGGACAGCAGAGUAUUUGCUUUCGCAGGGCCGCUCCAGCCCGCCCUCCAGCUCUUCCCCCACUUCGGAAUUCCACAUCUUCUCCUGCCCAAUCUACCCCUAGCUUGGUCCCGCAGCCCCAUACCUCGGCAGUCGCUACCACCAUUCCGCCCCAGGCGUCCAGUCCUCAGUUGCUGCCGCCAACCCUUCUGCCUUCGGACUCCCAGAGUGGCCAGCGGGAGCUGGGAUCCCCGAGAGUGGAGCCCCAGAAAUUACCUCUUUCCCAGAAGGACGGGGUCAAAGCUGUUUCUCCUGAGGACAUCUCCCCCUCGGAAUCCUCUGAGACCUCAGCCCGUAGCCCCCAGACUGCGGCUACCAGUGGAGCUCCGACCCCCUCGGGCGAUCCCCGGAGGGAGCAUUUCGAUCGUUUGAUUCGCCAGUCGAAACUCUGGUGUUACGCUAAAGGCUUCGUGCUGGACGGGCCGAGUUUACGGCGAGUGUCUGACCGUCCAGCCUCGUCCCCAACGAAAGCCCAGGCAGGGGGACCUGUAAAAAAACGCCGGCGGCCCGUAGCUUCCCCGCGCAAAGCCCAGGCUCGCCGCCCUCCGGCCUCGCUUCCGACCAAAAGCUCCUUCAGCCUCCUAGCCAGCUUCCCCUGUCCUCCAGCCUUGGUGGUGGGGGAAGACGGGGACCUGAGGCCCGCAUCCUCGCUAAGGCUUUGUGGUUCCUCCAGACCGCCCCCAGCCCACCCGCUGUGGAGAUGGCAGCUAGGAGGACCCGCCAUCCCUGAGCCUCCCAGCCUCAAAUUCUGGGGGCGUACACUGGAAAGGCUCUGA